UCCAUUACAAGUUGGUUGUUUGCCAAGAAAUGCUUGUUUGACAUUGGGCAGUGGAAACCGUAGAUUAGCUGUUGUAUGAGAACUUGACUUAGUUAUGGAUAACUUGUCACAACGUUUGAAAAACGUAGACUGGAAUAACCUGAAGAGACACGCUCUCAAAGUUAGGGGAGAAGCUGCAUCUAAACUUAAAGAUUUUUGCAUGACAGACGUUGAAAAUAAGGUAAGAGCUGCAACGUCCAACAAGAGUUGGGGAGCAAGCACCUCAGACUUGUUUGAAAUAUCACAGUCGACGUUCAACAACGAGGAAUACCCACUUAUCAUGGCAAUAGUAUGGCAACGUCUCAACGACCACGGAAGAAACUGGAGACAUGUAUACAAGGCUCUGGAGCUAUUGAGAUAUUUGUUGAUGCACGGUUCCUCAAGAGUCAUGGACGAAGUUCAAGACGCUUUGUAUCACAUUCGGUCUCUACAAGAUUUCCGAUAUAUUGACCCUGUAACCCAUAAGGACGAAGGUGCAAACGUUCGAAUUAAAGCCAAGCAAGUGAUUGACUUGGUAUCUGAUGAAAGGGUGUUACAAGAAGAAAGACAGAAGAGCAAGGAACUUUACUUGAAGGUUGCAAACUCUGGGGGAGCAAGCCGUUUUGGCGGUAUAAGUUCGAACGAUUUGUACACUGGAUAUAACAGGGAUUAUGUAGCAGGCUCGGAAGUUGCAGCCGGAGGAAGGUAUAAUAACACUUAUGAAUAUUUUGAAGCAGCAAAAGAACCAGUAGCUGCUCGGAGCGAGUAUGAAUGGAGAGCUUCUGUGUCAGAAGAAGAGGGUACGGGACGUGAACCAUUCACGUACGAGCUUUCGAAUGCGGAACAUGUUCAUUCAAGAUCCUCAACCCUUCCUGGUGCAGUGAGACUAGGACCUGGUAGCAAUACAUCCAGUGAAACCCAAAGCCGUGCGGCAAACGUUGUUUCUCCCGCCAGAAAGACGAAAGAACCACAGUCCGAUGUAAGCGAUUUAAUCAGUUGGGACGAGAAUGAGCCGGUUUCGAAGACUUCAAAGGAAAGAGCCGUAGACUCUGAUGAAAUGAUUAACUGGGAUUCUGAGUUCAAUCCCAGGCUUCAUGAAACUCAUUCUUCUUCAACAGACAAGAAGAAAUCGCCUAUGGACUGGUUGUUAGAAAGUGCUUCAGGCAGUCCAACAACCGGUCGCUCUAACACUAGUUCGUUUGCUUCCUCGCAAGGAAGAGUAAGUGGCUUCGCCAAGGUUGAUGAGUCCAAGUCUAGAACCGGCUUGACUGGUUUUGAAACUCUGCCAAGUACUUUACAAAAUGAAAAUACUCGUAUAGACACAAAUGAAAGGCUAGUAUCUGCUGAGUCAUGGGAGCAAGGAUUUUCAACUAUGAAAGGACUUUCGAACAAGAAGCCGAUGUACGGAAGUGAAAAUUUGACAUCGAGUCGUACAAAUAAUAUCAACUCAGAUUCCAAGACCACCGUAACUGCCGCCAGUGCUAGUUUGGAUCCAUUUGGUAGUUUAGUGAAUGAUUUUAUGAGCACGAAGCUUGGACAGGCAAAUCAUAUGAAAGAUUCUGCGAAAGCUCCUAAUCAGAGCAAUGCUGAAUAGAUUUUGUGAACUUGGAAUAUGUUUAAGACUUUUUAGUCAAGUUAGUUUGGUAAUUGAAACUUAUCCAUGAUUAUUGAUGGUUGUUUGUAUCAGUUAAAUAAGUAUAGUGAGAUGUAUUGUGUUCUUAGAAAGUCAACAUAGAAUAUCCAAAUUUCAUGAUUUG